UGAUUAUUUCACAUGAAGUACUAUGGUCAGAUAAGGUAUUUACUUGAUGCAUUAAUUUUGGAAUGUCUCUUUCAAUAUCUCAGAGCAGUAAAGCUUACAUAAAUUUCAGCAGCAUCCCGAAAGAUAUGGCGCUUGGAGAAAUACAAACUUACGGUUUUGUUGCCGCGUGCUUAUUGGGAAUCACAGCGAUUGUUACAUUUAUCGGCUUCGUACAUGAACAGUUAAACAAGGAUAAAACAGAAGACGGAGCUGAGAAAGAUAUUAAACCUUGCUUUCAUAGUGAAAAAUCAGAAAAAUCAGAAAAAAGUCUUCAGGAGACAGUUGUUGAGUCAUCAUCUAGCGACUGGCAGGGCGAGUUGACCAAUGAUCAAGUCAAGGCACUGGUGGCUUAUCUGGACAGAGUGGAUGACGAUGGAUCUCUAGAAAAGCUUCUUGUCACGAUAGCAAACUGCUGCGCGUUUACAAACAACCAGAUUCUUUUUGCUAAAUGUGGUGCCAUCCCAAAGCUCCUUUUCCUAUUAUCAAAGCACGAGAGCAGUAAGAUUAGAACAAAAGCUGUACAAACUCUGGCCAACCUCGCAAAUUGUCUGGAGAACCAGCAUUACAUUAAGGAUUCGCUGCCUGGUCUGAUCAAUAAACUUGUCAGUUUACCUGGAUUGCAGGAAGAAGAAGAAACUGUUGCAAUACUUCAUUUACUUGUGAACAUGUCUAUAGUGAAUACAUGGCAUGGUGCUAUUGUUACUGGCACCUCAAACAUCCUACAAGUCAUUUCUAGUUCCCCACACAAAACAAAGACUAAUGCAUUAAGGCUACUUGUGAACUUAUCCUGCAGUCCAGAAAAUACAAGAAGACUAUUGGAAGAAAAGGUUCUGGAUGAAAUGUGUACAUUGCUGAAUGUAUGCACAGCAGAGGAUGACGCCCUUAGAAUUAUCACAAUCAUCGCUAACAUUUUGAGUUUUGAAAAAAAGGAUCCUCAGCUUCGUCACCUUAUAACAGAUACACGAGCAGCACUACAAGUCAAACUUGCAUCACUGAGAGGGGAUCACAUGGCUAAUGGGAACAUCACAGACAUGAUAGAUAGAGCUAAUCAGCUUUUGGCUGAGUUUCAGUAGCGACCCUUAGUCCAGUGUAUUAAAUGAGUAAGCUUGGGACUAAAACAACUGCAUUCUGACCUCUUGUACAAAAGGCCUCUAUCAGUACCAUCACCAUUAAACCUCAGUACUAGUGACACUGCUUUUAUUAGCAGGCACAGGAUGAGCGCAGGUGACAUAUGUAGCCAGGGUCGUGCCCCCUUUAUUGACAGCUAAUAAUUUUCUCUGUUGUCACUGUUCCUAUAAAAAGUUCCAAAAACAUUCUGUUCUUAUGUGGUUUUCUCCUCUACUGGCACCUUUUCAGUGGUUGUGAGGGAAAUAAGAGUGUCCAUUAUCUGUGACUGUGUCACUCCCGCUGUUGGUACUUGUUCUAUUUUACCAUCAGCUGCAUAAAAGAACAAGAAAGCAAACUUUCAACAAAACACACACAACAACAUAUGACUAUUUAAAGACACCUAAAACAGGUAUGGUACUACUGCACCAAUUAGAAUAAUUUCAUACUUCACACUAGUGCAGUAUGUAGCUUCAGUAACAAUUUAAUAAAUAACCAGGCAAAUUAUAAGUAUGUUCAUAACUCAAGAAUCUCAUGAAUAAAGUAUAUACUAUCAUUCUUCA